AUGCCUUUCGGAGGGAAAACUAUUGUAUUUGGCGGAGACUUUCGACAAAUUUUGCUAGUUAUCCCAAAAGGAAGUAGGCAGGAUAUUGUUAAUGCAACAAUAAAUGCAUCCUACUUGUGGCUGUACUGUAAAGUGUUACGUUUGACAAAAAAUAUGCGACUUCAAAACUCAUCCUCAAAUAGUGAUUCUGAAAAACUAACACAAUUCUCAGAAUGGAUUGCGAAUAUAGGAGAUGGGGAGUCUCAGGGGCAAACAAUUGGAUGUGAAAAACAUUACUAUUCCAUAAGAGAAUUUGUUGAAAUGUUUUGGAGAUCCGAUUGCAACUAUUGUGGAAACUUUGACAGUGCUUGCAAAUCAGAUUCUAAUGUUGAUCUAUUAGCUGAUGUGCAUACACCUGAAUUUUUGAAUGGGAUCAAGUGUUCUGGUGUGCCUAAUCAUGAACUUAGGCUGAAAGUAGGUACUCCAAUUAUGCUCUUGAGAAAUAUUGAUCACUCAGUUGGUUUGUGUAAUGGGACAAUGAUGGUUAUUACUAAACUUGGAAAUCAUGUUUUAGAAGCAAUGGUAUUAUCUGGAAGUAGUGCAGAUCAUAAAAUCUUGAUACCAAGAAUGUCAUUAACUACUUCAGAUUUGAGACUACAUUUUAGACUUUUGGGCCCAAAGAGGUCCAAUGACCUACCUCUGCUGCCACAAGGAUAUUAUCAGUGA